GAGGAAGUGAAAGGGGAAAACAGAAGCUCGCGCUACUAGCUAGUUAGCUUGCAGGCAGGGAAGUAGUCCAGGAAAGUGCCAAAUUUACACAAGAAUAGUAGAUAACCUGCCCUCGUCAUUUUACAGAGCGGGACCGUCUUUGAUAUUAGUGGAGUAGGAAUUACAUUUCUUGGGAGAAUUUGGAACACGGCGUCUCCGAAUUUACGAUACUCUGUCUUAACGAAUAACAAGAUUCCGGCAAAGCUGACAUAACCUCGUUAGCCGCCGUCGCUAGCUAUCCUGAACAAUAACAGCCGGCUCUCAUCCGGGAAGGAGUCCGCUCGCUGCUCCGUUAACUUCGAGCUGUGGAAACAUGACUUCUAGGAAGAAAGUGCUGUUGAAAGUCAUCAUCCUGGGAGAUUCUGGUGUUGGAAAGACUUCACUAAUGAACCAGUAUGUGAAUAAAAAAUUUAGCAACCAGUACAAAGCCACAAUAGGAGCCGAUUUCCUGACCAAGGAGGUGAUGGUGGAUGACAGACUUGUAACAAUGCAGAUCUGGGACACGGCUGGCCAGGAGAGGUUCCAGUCACUGGGUGUAGCUUUCUACCGGGGAGCAGACUGCUGCGUCCUGGUUUUUGAUGUGACCGCGCCCAACACCUUCAAAACGCUCGACAGCUGGAGGGAUGAGUUUCUAAUCCAGGCCAGCCCCAGAGAUCCCGAAAACUUUCCCUUCGUGGUUCUAGGCAACAAGAUCGAUCUGGAGAACAGACAGGUGACCACCAAACGGGCUCAGGCGUGGUGUCAGAGUAAGAACAACAUCCCUUACUUUGAGACCAGUGCCAAAGAAGCCAUUAAUGUUGAACAGGCAUUCCAGACAAUCGCACGCAACGCCCUCAAACAGGAGACAGAAGUCGAGCCGUAUCCCGACUUCCCCGAGCCCAUAAAACUGGAUAGAAAUGACCGAGCUAAAGCUUCUGCAGACAGCUGCAGCUGCUGAGGGAGAACUGGGACCGUCUUUUCACGUGAAACAUCCCGCCAUCACCUCCACCUCGCUCCUAGGGAAAGAACUUUCCCACCGGUCUUCCUCUUUCACACAGCUCUUCACUCUUACUGUCACAAUCCCUUCACGCAUUUUGUUGCACAUGGAUGUAUCUCUCCACAUUUGGUACACAAACUAAGACAUUUCAGUGUUUUCCUUUUAAUAUGUAAACAAGUCCAGUGUCCAAAGAACACACAAGAAGGAUAACGCCCCCUCAUUGCAAAUGAACUGCUGAUUUCUGCUCCAUGUGUCAGGCGGGACCCUUACAGACAAGGCCAGGUUGGGGGCUCGUGUUCAAAGAGUGCAAUCUGGGUGGACUGACCGUUUGUGAGAUGAUGUUGGCUAAUUGCAGCAUCCCAAGUAUCACUUCUUUCGCUUUUUUUUGCCAAUUUCCUAGAUAAAAUAUGACAAAAUAUGUAGUUGAUGAUGCCAUUUUUGAACUAAUAUAAAGAACUUUUUCCUCCCUUUGUUUUUUUUUUUGUGUGUGCACUUUUUGCCUUUAAAUGUUAUGCCAUGGGGGGGGGAUUGGAUGAUUUUGGGCAACAUCUUCAAUUGCAGUUUUCAGAAAGUUACCUUCCUUCAUCGAUCGAUCGGUUCCCCUUUUCAAACACUAGUGAUUGUAAGUCCUCUCCCCCGUUGAAGUCGAAUUGAACUGCCUCGUACUCUCUUAAGUAAACGUUGACACGGCGCUCACUGUGCAAAAUGUUCUUUCUCUGAAACAAUGAUUUUCUUUUUUGCCUUUUAUGUAACAUUGCUUGUACUGCUUCUAUUACCGCUGUAUGUGUUCUGUCUCUGAUCAGGCAUCUCUGUGCAUCAAAACAACAAAAAAAGACAGAAUGCAUCACCAACAGCAUCAAUCUGAAGUCUUUGUCAUUGCUGUUCAAUCUAUCUGCUUGUAGCUCAGGUUGGCAAGUACAUAUUUUUAACAGAUUGUGUAUUAUGGUGUAUAGACGGCAAAGAAUUAAACUAAAAUCUUUCUUCUGUCUUUCCAUUUAAACAAAUGAUUUGACUUUCGGCUCUGGUUUUGCUCUUUACAGAAAACUUUACUGCAAUGCCAAUGAUGUUGUGGAAGAAACAAUAAAACUCUUGAAUAAAUCAAA